AUCUGGGGGACAAGAUGGAGCUGUCAAAAUAUGGAAUUUAAUGCAAUGAUGCGAAAUAUAUUGCUUCAUGUGCGGUUCAUUCUAUGCCUGUUGCUUCUUUUAUCGAACCUGCAGAACAAAAAGAUACGCGUGUACGAGGUUGUGUUAUUUCUGUUGCUCAAGAUAAUUCACUCGCCUUGAUUUCUGUGGAUUCCAUGACUUGCUUGUUUAUCUUUCCUGGUUAUCCCCAUCCACUCACUAAAAUUCAAUGGAGAACAGCAGAGGAUUAUCUUGUAUUUGGGUAUCAUGAUGACAGUGCUUAUGUUUGGCAGCCCAUUUAGACCGUAUUUUACAUGGAAAGAAUGCACAGGAAGUAUUGGAAGAUGAACGAUGGCCCAUCAACAACAUGUCACAGAAAUCAAAUUCAAGUGGGUCUAAACAAACGGUCCAAGUCAAGUCUAUCAUGGCAAAUGACAAUGCUCUUCAUGCUUCCAAGAGUUUUGCGCAAAUAUUCACUGUCAAUAUUCGUCGUCUUGUACAUGAUUUGUAUACCCGCUUAUCUCAACCACAAGAGCAUUUGCAUCCUAUCUUGAAGGCUUCUUUGUCCUCUAGUUUUGAUGCUGUUGUUCCUGAUAUGCUUACUUUUACACCUGAUAAAGAUGAAGAAGGAUUGAAAGCACAAGAGAAAAAGAUGGAAUUAGUAUCUGCAAUCAUGUCUGUUAUUGUCUCUUGGCAAAUUAGUGAGGCAUUUGAACAAGUGUGUUGUGCAUCCCUCCAAUUAUCCAGAGAAGCUCACCCAAAUAUUAGUUAUGGCUUGAAAGGUGCGAAUGGUAAUCUUUCUUUACUUGCGCCUUUGAAGCAUGAAAGACAAGCUUGGGCUAUUUCACCUUCCAUGACAGCCAUUCGAUUACUAUCGAUUGCACUAUUGACAAAAGCUAUUGCUUGUAUAAAAGGACAAGAAAACAAGAGCUCGGAUUUAAUAUCAGGUUAUGCUAUGUCAUUACCACUCAUUAUUGGUCAAGGCUAUUGUUUUCCUUCUUUAUCUUUACUGAGUAAAUAUUGGCAAGACCCUUCAGCUCGAUCCUUGUUCUCUAGUGCCAUUGCAGGUCUUUCAAAACAAGAUGUAGAAUCCCUUGUGGAUUACUGGGAAGCAUUUUUGCCUACCUCUAAUUCAUCUGAGACCAAUGGACCUCAAAUGAUGGCUCGUGCUUCUAUUGUCUUGGGCAUCAUGGGCUGUGACCAACCACACACAUUAAGCCCCCGGGUCCGUAAAUCGACUGCCCUGAGUCUCACUAUUCUGUUGUCCGAUGCAGAACUAGACGAAUCCCGUCACCACACCACAGAUAGUUUAUCCACAGGUUCCAUGGCACGCACACUGUCCUCCAUGGAACUCUUAAGCCAAGGAUUCCAGACCUGGGAGACCUAUAUCAACGCAGCAGAAGUACUCAGAACAUUAUUUAUGUAUGCAGCAGACACACAGCCUAUCAUGGCGUUAGUCAGCCGCGGUGCUAAAACGGCUAUUUUUCAAAUCUCGACAGUCAAUAUGCCUUUGGUGAUCAAUACUUUGACAUUUGAUACCAUGCAUGCGAAAUCGUUUGAAGAUCGACUACGAUGUCUCAAUAUGAUCGGUUCGUUCGUUCGGAAAGAGCCUGUCUUGCUGUAUUCGCAUGUUCACAGUGUAGUAGAAGCCGUUGUCAAGACAUUAGACCCAAAUGUACCUCAUUUACGUGAAGUGAUGUUAUCUUCUGCUACUUCUAUUCUUCAUGACUUGGUGAAAAUGUAUCCUACCAUUGAUUUCAGUAGUAGUGCUCAGAAAUUAGCUGUCGGUACAUUGGAAGGUGCUUCUGUGAUUUACGAUGUGAGGACGGCUACCCGAUCUAUUGUGCUUGAAGGCCACAUUGGUCCUGUUUCAGUCCUGGCAUUUUCCCCCGAUGCUAAAUUAAUUGCUACCUGUUCCUUAGUAGAUCAAAGUGUGCGUGUGUGGCAUACGCACCUGAGCUUAUUAGGUAUGAUCACCAGCAGUUUCUCUCAGGGCCUGAGUGCGCCUAACCCGUCUGGUAAAGAUGGAGGAUCUCAGCGACCUCAUAAAGUUUUCUCAUUUGCCAUGCCAGAUAGUAAAGUAGUUCUAUCAAGCGACAUAUCCAGCUAACCUAUUCUGAUUAGACUCCUUGAAUCCGACCGAUAUCGUCAAGCAUAUUUCGUUUGAAUGGACUUCAAACAAGUGUGUCAAACUCCAUGUUCAAGAGAUUGUAAUGAGUUUUAAUGUUUAGUCAUGGACUUAUUUUGGAAGCUACUUGGCAAGCUGGUUUCUAAAAAUAAUCAACUAAAUUUAUCAACAGGGUUCUAAAUAAAGUGUAUAAAAACAUUAAAAAGGAAAAAU